UUGGCAAGAAAACUGAAGGGACUAGUCCAGGUAGUUGCAAGGAGUCAACACUGACUCGAAGGCACCAUACUUACAUACAUGCACACUAAACUGCUAAAGACCUAACAAAAGAUGAAUCUUAAUUGCUGUCUUGAGGGCAGAGAUAAAAGAAAUCGAAGCACAGCUCUCAAAUGAGUGCAUUUCAUUGGUUUGGAAUGAUGCAAGGGAAAGCUUUCUCGUACAUGCUUCAACAAUGUACCUCUGAAUGUGAAGGCAUCUGCAAAAGGUUAUAUCCUGCUCAUUUUAAUGUCUGGGCAAAUUUGUAGUGGCAGAGGUAAACUAUAGAAUGUACCUAAUAUCCAGAUUUAAAUCAAUUUACAGCUUUAAAGCAGAUACCCCUUAAAUUGUGCCUGAUUAGCAUCCACUGCAGAACUUGCAACAUAGGCAUCAUAAAAGCCUAACGUCUUCCAGUUUGCACCAAUUAAGACUAGUGGAACUUUUAUAGAAAGAUCCAUGAAGAGUGCAUUGUAAUGGUCAAAUCAUGAUGUAACGAAGAAAUGGAUAACCCUUGUCAAAUCUGACUAGCACAGAAAUGCACAAGAUAUCACUGUGCAAACAUGUUCUUUAGUGCACCUGCCACCCUGGAACUUAUGAUAACUGAAUUUAAAGAGCACUCCAGUGGCUUAAGACCUACUCUUUCACGGGGAGUGAAAUCUCAUCCAAAACAGGCUGCCCCAAAUCAUUGUCUUCUCUGAAUUGAAUUUUAACUUGUUUUCCCUAAUCCCACCCAUUAUGGAAUUUAGGUAGUGUUCAAGAGUACUAAUUGCUUCCUAGGAGAGGAGCUAUAGAGUUAGGUGUCAUCAGCAUAUUGACAGUAUCUCUUCAUGGUUCUAUACAAAUUAGAGAUUAAACUUUAUAGGGAACAAAAUAGAAUGUUAUGGAACAUAAUUUAGCAAUCAAGAUAUAAAAUAGAAAUUCCUCCAUCACUACCUUCUGGGUGCAAUCUCUCAGGGAAGCAUGAAACAGCUCUGAAAUAAUGCCUCUAAGCCUGGCACCUCCCAUGACCAUUGACCUUAGUUACCAAAGGUUCUAUGAAAAGUAUUAGCAUUGCACUCUUCUCAUGUGAUUCCCAGUACAGAUCACUCACCAAAGCAGUCUGUCCUAUAUCCCCACCUGAAAUAAUGCAAUUAUCACUUUUCCAGAAUGAUACUGUGAAGCAAUUUCAGGAUGACAGAAGAAGGUUCUGCUCCCUCUACUUCUGCUGACAAAACAGAGAGUAUCGAUGUGGAUGGAGAAGCCAAGAGACUACUCGGCUUAGGACAGAAGAAUCUGGUAAUGGGAGAUAUUCCAUCUGCUGUUAAUGCAUUUCAGGAAGCUGCUAGCCUUUUGGGCAAGAAGUAUGGUGAAACAGCAAAUGAGUGUGCUGAAGCUUUCUUUUUCUAUGGAAAAUCACUUUUGGAGUUGGCAAGAAUGGAAAAUGGGGUGCUGGGAAAUGCUUUGGAAGGAGUGCAGGUGGAAGAGGAAGAAGAAAAAACAGAAGACUCAAUGGUAGAAAGCGCUGAUAAUAUAGAUGAAGAAGCAAGGGAGGAAUUAAGAGAGCAGGUAUAUAAUGCCAUGGGGGAAAACGAAUCAAGAAAAACUUCAGAAGACUCUCUGGUAGAAACUAGAGUGCCAGUGAAAAAUAAAGAUGCAGAAAUGGAAGAAGUUAGAGAAGAAAAAGCAGCUGUGAAUAUAGAAGACAACAGUUUUGGAGAAAAAGAAUCAACAACCAAGCAAGUAGAAGGUGUGCAAGAAAAACAGGUCAGUGAAAUAACUGUUGAAGAUUCACUAGAAGAUAGUGCUGCUGCAGAAGAAAAGCCAGAAGAGAUAGCUGGUGGAAAAAAGCCAGCAGUAGCAGAAGCAGCCCAGGAAGACAUUGCACUUAAGAAAGCAUUGGUUGUAGAUAAGGCUCCUGGGGAAGAAAAACUAAUAGUAGAAGAGGCUGCAGAAGCAGCUGGGGGAGAGACUAUACAGAAACAAGCAGCUGCAGAAGAAAAAUUAGAUUUGCAAAAGGUGGAAGAGAAGGCAGAAAAGCUUGUAGUUAUGGCUGGUGAAAAGCACACAGAUGCAAAGCUAGAAAAUUCGAUAGUAGAGACAUUAGCAAAAACUUCAGGUGAGAUACUAGAAGAAAAACAGUUGGUGUCUGCUGUUGAUAAAGUAGAAUGGCAGGCAGAACAGACAGCUACAGCUAUUGUUGAAGAAACAGACAUUAUUGCUGGACAAGAAACUCUGGAUUUGAAAGAAGAAAAAUUGAAAGAACCUGUGGCUUCAGGAGAAGUGUUACCUACAGCUCCAAAUGAAAUUACUUCUGGGGAUGUUGAACAGUCAUGUGAAAUAGAAAUUGAAGAAAAAGCUGAAGCUGCUGCUAAGGUAGAAAAGGAGGAAGAAAAGGAUCACGAGAUGGGAGAGGGCGAAGAGACAGAAGGGUCAGAAGAAGAAGAUAAAACUGAAGAGGACAAAGAGAAUUAUUCUACAGCUGAAGAAAAGGAGAGUGAAGAAGAUGAAGUUGGAAACUUAGAACUGGCUUGGGAUAUGUUAGAAUUGGCAAAAGUAAUAUAUAAAAGGCAGGACACUAAAGAAGCACAGCUCCAUGCUGCUCAGGCUCAUCUAAAACUAGGAGAAGUUAGCAUUGAAUCUGAAAACUACAUGCAAGCUAUAGAAGAGUUCCAUUCCUGCUUGGCUCUUCAGCAGAAGUAUUUAGAAGCCCAUGACCGUUUGCUUGCAGAGACUCACUACCAUCUUGGGUUGGCCUAUCACUACAACAAUCAAUAUGAGGAAGCAGUGCUGCAGUUCAGUAAAUCAAUGGAAGUAAUUGACAAAAGAAUGGUUAUGUUGACUGAGCGACUAAAAGCAAAGGGAGAGGGACCAGCUGAGGAUGAAAAAGAAAUAGAGGAACUCAAGGGACUGCUUCCUGAAAUCAAAGAAAAGAUAGAGGACUCAAAAGAGUCUCAAAACAGUGCAAGUGUGACUGAACUGGCUCUCAAAGCAACUCUAGUUGGUGGAUCUUCCAGCUUUUCACAAGGAUGUGAAAGUAGUGCAACUUCAACAAUUCCAGUUGGGCACACAACUGAUGGAGCUACAGACAUCUCCCAUCUUGUUAGGAAAAAGAGGAAACCAGAGGAAGAAACUCAACAGGGAGACAAUGAAGCUAAGAAAUCUAAAUCAGAACCGGCUGUCAAUGGUGGUGGUGAUGCAGCCCCCAGAGGAAAUGAAGUUGGAGAGAAAAUGGAACAGGAGACAGGGGGAAGACCACAGGUUGAAACUGUUCAAAGUACUGUAUGAUAGUUCUUUAAUAUUGGACAUGCUCCCUCCCAAGGAUUAUGGGUUUUGUAUAUAAUGUAUUUUUUCACUUUUUGGCAACUUUUUGUAUUCAAUAAAGAUUGUACUCAAACAA